AUGGCGCGACAGUCACUGGAGGGCCACAGAGCAAGUGGCUCAGUCAUAGGCCCUUCAGCCAGGAGGCUGCAGCAAACACCUGAGUCCAACCAGGUCUUCAUCCAGCGGGAUUACAGCCGAGGAACCCAGUGCCAAUUCCAGACCAAGUUCCCAGCAGAAUUGGAGAAUCGGAUUGACCAGCAGAAGUUUGAAGAAACAGUCCAUACACUAAAUAACCUUUAUGCAGAAGCAGAAAAACUUGGGAAGCCAACUUACCUUGAAGGCUGUUUAGCUUGUUUGACAGCGUAUACUCUCUAUUUGUGCAUGGAAACACAUUAUGAGAAGGUUCUGAAGAAAAUCAGCAAAUACAUUCAGGAACAGAAUGAGAAUAUUUAUGCUCCACAUGGCCUCCUUCUGACAGACCCAAUUGAGAGAGGACUUCGUGUUAUUGAAAUUACCAUUUAUGAAGACAGAGGCAUGAGCAAUAGAAUAUAAACCACAGCAUCUAAGCAUGUCACAGAAUGGAAUAUUCUUCUGUCUCCUUGCCAACGACAGAUUGUCCCUUACCUCCUAUCCAAGCAUCAUUCCUUUGUAGGACUAAGUUUCUAAAAUGCUGCUGCUGUGGUGAUGUCGAGUCACUGAUCAUCCAUUUUGUAUCUUUAAACUUUACAACCUUUGUAGUUAUUUCUGAGAAAAAUAUAACAGAGCAUUUAACUUUUAAAAUUCAAAACAAUAUAAUAAAAAUAACAUGUGUAAAUCAACCCAAUCUAAAAUUCAUCUUAUCUGCCACAAGGAGUAUUGGUUUUGCUCAAUAUUUAUGCUGUCAUUUUACCACGUGGCCUUUUUUAUUCCAACGAGUUAUAUCCAGGUUUGGUUUCAUCUCUUCUGAAUUGAAGGAUGUUGUUUUUUUUUUUUCCAGGUAUAGUUUUUUAUGACUGUUUUUGUUGACACAUCUUCCAGACAUCAAGGAACUCAAAGGAUUGCCAGAAGAUCUGUUUGUCAUAUUGAAAUGCAUUGGAAAGAUAAUGUAUAAUGCUAUUUGUUUUUAAUGUAACACUCAUUACUAAGUGAACCAGUAUUUUAUGUGAUUUCCAGAUACCUUGAUUGUACUUGGAGAAUUUUAUAUCAUUAUUGCAUUGCCAUGAAUGUUGAGAGGAUGUAGUAUGUGCUUCUUGUUUUAUUAAAACUUAUAUAAAUACAAUAAAGUGUACGCUAAAUCAUCAGA